AUGCAACAAAAUAAGGAGAAUUCGUUUUAUGUAUUUAAUGAUAAAUUAUUCUUGACAGAUAUUGAGACUACCAAUACUUAUAUUUACUUUUCAUUCAAUUUUGAUCAAUAUAUUACUAGAAUUCCUAUUGGAGAUUUGGAUACAAAGUCUAUUUAUUGUGAUGAAUUUUAUCAUGGAGUUUGUCAAUCAUUUGAAUCUUUAUUUACAAAGAAUGUUUCUAUUCGAUCGAGACUAAUGUCAUCCAUACCUCAUGGAAAUAUGGAAAUUAUUUACAACAAGCAGGCUAUCUAUUCAGAUGUGGAACAUUAUGUAAAGAAAAAUGUAAAGAGAAUUACACAAGAUGGUAGUCUCUCAUAUAAUUUAGUGAACCAUAAGAAUAGUCACUGCUUACAAUACUCUGCCACCAUAAUAGAAAUUAACAAUUCCAAUUAUAUAGUCCUUAAACACAAGAAUAAGGUGGUACAUGUUGUGGACGAUAUUCCUAAUAUUUCAAAUUUAGAGCUCGAUAUUUUUCCAGAUGGAAGCUUGUAUCUUCUCUAUACUACCACUGAUGAAAAGUAUAGGACUAAUAAGGCAUUCUAUAGAAAAUAUUCAGAUAGCGAAUUCAUCUCGUUUAGAGAAAAACUCUUGUUGGAAGAGUUGGAUGAUAAAUUCUUUAUAGAUAUUGGACGAACUAAAGACAAUGACCUCAAAUACAUUUCUAUCAAUAGCAAGACAACGACAGAAGUUCAUGCAUUGAUUCCAACAAAUGAUAUGGAUUUUGAGUUAAAAUGCAUUCAAAAAAGAAAGGAGGGAUCUCAAUACUUUUUCGAAUACCACAAAGAAACUGAAACAUGCUAUAUUAUCACAAACAACGAUCCUGAGUCAGAUUUGGAUAUUUUCUCAGUCUCUAGGGAGAACCUUCUGAAAGGAGAAGAUGACAAGACGGUCCUUUUUACCCACAAGAAGGGCCAGACAAUUCAUGAGAUUGAUAUUUUCUCCAAUUUUCUCGUCAUUUACUUGAUAGAGAACAGUAUUCCAAAAUUACUCAAGUAUAACAUUUCAACAAGAGAAUUUUCAUACUUGCCAAUACCAGAAAAUACUCAUUAUAUUGAAAUUGGAGCCAAUUUAGAUUAUAAUGGCUCAUUUUAUAAUAUCAAAUGCCAUUCCCUCAUUCGCAGAAAUCCAAUCCUUGUAAAAUUUGAUUUGAAGGACGAUUCAGCUACCACUCUCUUUAAUUCCCAUAUCAUUGCAAAUGAUAAUCUAGUAACCGAGUCGAUAGUAAUUGAGAAUAAUAUUCCUAUUACCAUUCUUUACGAUAAGACCACUGUUACAGACCAUAGCAAGUGUUUUUUAAUUGGGUAUGGAGCAUACGGAACUCACCUAAUGGAAGAUUUACAAAUUGCUGAUAAUACCCUAUUCUAUGCCUAUAGAGAAUACUUUUUAAAGAGAGGAUACAUUUUCGUCUAUGCUCACGUGAGAGGUGGAAAGGAGAAUGGAAUUCAAUGGUACAAGGGAGGAGUGAAAGAAUUAAAAUCAAAUAGUAUGAAGGAUUUGAAAUCGGUAACCAAUUACUUGGUCAACGAGAAGAAACUCACUAGGAAUGGACUAUUUAUUGGACGUGGAAUCAGUGCAGGUGGAUUAUUAAUGAUGAGCACUUCUCUAAUGUACAGAAAUGAGAAUAUUUUCAAUACACUUGUAUUGAAAGUACCAUUCUUGGAUGUUUUGACAACCAUGUUGGAUGAAUCAUUACCACUCACAGAACACGAGUUUGAUGAAUAUGGAAGUCCAAAAGAGAGCAAGGAAAUUGCCCAUCUCAUGAUGUCUUACUCUCCAUAUCAUUUAAUCAUGCAAGGAAAAGAUGAUUUCAACACCAAUCUUUAUGUUACAGGAAGCAUUGAUGAUUUUAAAUGUCCUCUUUGGAAUAUUGCAAAAACAAUGGCCAUUAUUAGAAAACGAAAUCUCACUCAACCAACAAACAAACAUCAAGUACUCAAAGUGCACAAGCAUGGUCAUAUGGAUGAAGUAUGCACACAAACAUUCUAUGAUGAUGUUUCGAGGGAAAUUUUGUUUAUUGAAAAGUCCUUCGAAUAA